CCCACCAGCAUCAGCCGCGGCUGCGUUUGCCUGAAGCCCCGUAGACAGAUCGGCGGGUCGAUCGCCUGGCGGACGGACGCGGGCGCUCGUCCGGUGCCGGGUCAGCUUCGGCGAGGCUCCGGGCUCGAAGCGCGCGGCGGCUUCGCUGCCCACUCGCUGCCACCCGGUUCCGGCGGCCUCGGCGUGCCGGGGGCUGGAGGUGCAGGAGCCGCUCUCGCCGGUCGGUCCCCGCGCAGAUCAGCUCGGGCCGCCGCGCCGCGGCCCCCAGCGGCGGCCCCGAGCCCCACUCGCCGCCGGCUGCGCCGGGCACCGGUGCUCCCGGGCUCCAAACUCAGGGCUGCCGGGGGCAAGUGUCUUCAUGAACCCAGAGGAUGUCCGGGAAGCACUACAAGGGUCCCGAAGUCAGUUGUUGCAUCAAAUAUUUCAUAUUUGGCUUCAAUGUCAUAUUUUGGUUUCUGGGAAUAGCAUUUCUUGGAAUUGGACUGUGGGCGUGGAAUGAAAAAGGAGUCCUGUCCAACAUCUCUUCCAUCACCGACCUCGGCGGCUUCGACCCUGUCUGGCUCUUCCUGGUGGUGGGAGGAGUGAUGUUCAUUUUGGGAUUUGCAGGGUGCAUUGGAGCUCUUCGGGAAAACACUUUCCUCCUCAAGUUUUUUUCUGUGUUCCUGGGCAUCAUUUUCUUCCUGGAGCUCACGGCCGGGGUUCUGGCAUUUGUUUUCAAAGACUGGAUCAAAGACCAGCUGUAUUUCUUUAUAAACAACAACAUCAGAGCGUACAGGGAUGACAUUGAUUUGCAAAACCUCAUAGACUUCACCCAGGAAUAUUGGCAGUGCUGUGGGGCUUUUGGAGCUGAUGAUUGGAACCUAAAUAUUUACUUCAAUUGCACAGAUUCCAAUGCAAGUCGGGAGAGGUGCGGCGUGCCAUUCUCCUGCUGUACUAAAGACCCCGCGGAGGAUGUCAUCAACACUCAGUGUGGCUACGAUGCCAGGCAGAAACCAGAGGUCGACCAGCAGAUCGUAAUCUACACGAAAGGCUGCGUGCCCCAGUUUGAGAAGUGGCUGCAGGACAAUUUAACCAUCGUGGCCGGUGUGUUCAUAGGCAUUGCAUUGCUACAGAUUUUUGGGAUAUGCCUGGCCCAGAACUUGGUUAGCGACAUCGAAGCUGUCAGGGCUAGCUGGUAGAGCAGGGCGCCUGCCACCGCUGCAGAACACUGGACACCCAGCCUUCCGCACCCUCCAGCGGCCCGACCGCGUCCACGCCGCGCGGACCGUCACCGGGGCCUCCUGCAAUCCCACCUGACGGAGCUGCCAAGAACUUGUUUCGAGGGGGAAAACUGAGAAAUGCUGCUUACCGACAGAAUUAAAGAAAAAAUACCCAGUAUGAAA